GAUAUUUGAAAACAUAAAAACAACCGGUCUAGGCCUAUUGUUCGGAAAUCUUUCCCUCGUUUCGUUUGUUCCACACAUUAAAAGUUGCCAAAAAUGGCGCGACUACAAAGCAGAGACGACAGGAAUUUCACUGGAUCGUUACCAGAUCUCAAAGCUUCUCUUAAAGCUACUGAACAACAAACUAAAGUUGUCGAUCAGAACAUUACGGUCGUUGAGACACAUUUCCCGAAAUUAUCGGCCGUUUUACAACGAUAUGCAGUAGGAACGGCUAAACUACGAGACAAAGGAGACUUGCUACAUAAAACUGUGCAACAAUACGCAGAGAACGAGUCCCAAUCGAUGCGAGAAGGGCUAACAAUGUUUGCUGAUUGUCUUGCUGCAGUCCAGGAUUAUCGGGACGCACAUGUUCAUCGUYUGGAAGACCAGUURGUUGAGAGUCUUAGUGUUUACGAAACAAAAUGCAAACAGGCUCGAAAUGAUGUUAAAAAUAGCUCAUCCUUGUGUUCUAAGGAAGUAAAGACGUUUAAUACUUUGGAAAAGGCACAAACGCAGUCAUCGGGCAAUCGCAGUCGUGUAUCGAAAGCACAGGCCGAGUUCCAAAAAGCAUCCGGGGAGGCAAACAGAUCACUGCAGAUCCUCCGACAACAAAUGAAUGAGUUUGAAACCCAAAAGAUGCGCGAUGUGAAAAAGGUUUUYAUCGAGUUUGUACGUGGGGAGAUGGAGUUCUGUGCCCGAGCGUUAGAAAUUUAUACGAAAGCAUACCAAGCMGUGAAUGGAAUCAACGAGGAUCAAGACCUCGAUAGGUUCAACAAGUCUUUAUUAGUUAAACCGCCAACCUGGGGCUCAGCYCCAGCACUGUCGUCUGUAGGGCGAUACAACUCCGGUAGUACACCAUCCUUAGAAAACGUCAUAGAGGAAGAAGAUGAUUUAAAUAGAACACUGUAGAAAGAACGCUUGAUCGAUGAUUCGAUUUACUGUGGAAGCCUUUCAAGUGCACAGUUUCCAAAAAAAAGCCAUGUCAGUGCAAGUUAUAGAUAGCUUUUAAAAUCGUUUAUACACCCUAAUUUAAUACAAUAUAUUUUAAAAAGUUGAUAUAUCAUAGUUAUAACUGAGAAGUAAUUUAACAUCAUCACUGGAAAAAUAUCGUAAAAUUAUAAAAGAAUAACAUUUUUAAAAGUGAAAAGCUAUGUCAAAAAGAAAUUUCAUCAUAUAACUAUUAUUUAUCUAAGGAUAUACUAUUUGAUGUCUUAGUUUUUACAAAUAGAUUAUAAAUUUAUAUUACUGUAUGGUAAUUAAAAUCAACUGAAAAUUGUAAAUACUAUGUAAACAGAACUGAUAGAUGUUCAAGCUGGUUGCCUAGAUACAGGUUUACAGGCUGGCAACAUCCUACAGUGUUGAAUAAACCAAACUGUCUUAUAAUCAUUGUACUAGAAUUUAAAUUAAGGAUAGUUUUUAUUAGCUAAGGUCACAGCCAUUGACUUCAMAUKCUAAAAAGUGACAUUUUUAAAAGCCAUUGUUAGGUAAACAAAAGGCACAAAACGA